UAGAAAGAAAGGUAUAAACAAAUAAUCAAUCAAUCUAUCUAUGGAAGAGGAGAAAAAGAAAAUGGAAAGAAAGAGCAAAGGAGGCGCCACGUUGCUUUGAUGAUGACGCGGAAAAGGACCCACACUGGCAGGCACCGAUCGCCGACGACAGCCGCCGGCCCACCGCCAAGCCACCCUUCCCUUUCUUUUCUAUCGGAGGAAUAAUACGACGUCGUUUGGGGUCGGCUCUCGCCGUUUUUGGACCGCGGUUGCCUUGUUCCUGCGCGCCUUCACGUUUUUACAGCUACAGCUCCCACCAGGCACCAGGCCACCACCAUCUUCGCCAUCCCACCACUCCCCCCAACCUUUUCGGUGUUCACCUUAUUUUACUCUCUCUCUCUCUCUCUCUCUCUGCUGUCAUAUAUAUACACAUAAAGAUUCUUCCUUUCCUUUCCUUGCUUCCUUCCAUCCAUUUCCAAGCACAACCAUUUUAACAUUAAACCGAGGUCAAACCCACUCACUGCCUCUCUCCCUCCCUCUAUCUCUCCAGCUUCCAUUAGCUUUGUGGGGGAUUCGGUUCACUGUGAUCGAGGAACUGCUCUUUCGGCCUCUGCCUCUCUGGUGCCUAUUGAUACAGUCUGAUUCGGCCCCUGUUUUAAAUGCUAGCAGUCUGAGUGUCUGAGGCUUGGGUUCUCUCAACCCGACGAAAAGGAACCAACUUUCGGAUGAUAAAAGGUAUAUAUGUGUGUGUGUGCCUCUCUGCUCUCCAUUUAAUCCUCUGUUUCAUUUUAAAUGCUCGCUGUAUUCACUACUCUGUCUGGCUUACAAUUUUGUUUCUUUCUGGAUUGUUGUUAUUUGACGAGUUGGGUUUUGUUCCUCUUCAGGUUUAACGAACUGGGUGCUAGUUGAAACUUGAGAAAGAAAAACAGACGAGGAUGAGUAGCCGAGCCAGUACAACUAGGCAUUCCGCCAUGAAAGCUCCUCCUCCGGCUAAGCUUGGAAAGGAGAGCUAUUCCAUCAAUGGAACUAACAAUGCAACCAAAUCCCGCAGAGCUUCCCCAAGAAGAGACAAGAAAAUGGCUCUCCAGCAAGAUGUUGAUAAACUGAAGAAGAAGCUGAGAUACGAAGAGAAUGUGCACAGAGCUCUGGAGAGAGCUUUCAAUAGACCCAUGGGAGCUCUGCCUCGCCUCCCUCCUUAUCUUCCCUCUGCCACGCUGGAGCUUCUAGCAGAAGUUGCUGUCUUAGAAGAGGAAGUCGUACGGUUAGAAGAACAAGUAGUGCAUUUCAGGCAAGACUUGUACCAAGAAGCUGUCAACAUUUCCAGCUCCAAGAGGAACCUUCGAGAAAAUUCCUCUACAGAUUCCCACCAUUCAAUCCCGCCUAAGAACGAGCAGCAGCAGCAACAGCAGGGGAAAGGGAAUGAAAUGGGCUGCUGUUCUUCCAAUUCAGCAGCGAAAAAAGGGAGGGGUUCAUCAUCGUCAGCUCACAAUGCUCACAAUACGGUUCAAGCGCCAGUCAAAAGAGUUGUAACUGAUCAUAAACCGGAGAAGCUCAUGGAUCCUCGGAAGUUAAAGCUGGUGGAUGACAACCCAAACAAGGUAUCGGAGGACAUCGUGAAGUGCUUGUCGAGCAUUUUCGCGAGGUUGAGCACGAAGAGGAAGAACCACAACAGCAGCGAGUAUGAUCCUUAUGGGAUAUGGGCAGAUUUUGGAAGGAGAGAUGUUGGUCAGUACAAGCAUUUGUGUGUAAUUGAAGCUGACACUAUCAAUCUCGACAGAACAUCCAACUCUUUGUUUCUACUCCAUAAACUCAAGAUUCUGCUUGGUAAACUUGCCGCUGUCAAGUUGGAUAAGUUAACCCAUCAGGAGAAACUUGCAUUCUGGAUCAACAUCUACAACUCCUGCAUGAUGAAUGCAUUUCUGGAGUGUGGUAUACCAGAAAGCCCUGAGAUGGUUGUUGCAGUAAUGAGAGAGGCAACAAUAAAUGUUGGAGGACACCUGAUAAGUGCAAUAACCAUUGAACACUUCAUUCUCAGAUUGCCUUACCACUCCAAAUAUGCAUUAUCUAGAGGGUUGAAGAACGAUGAGAUGACAGCAAGGAGCAAAUUCGGGUUGGAGUUAUCCGAACCUUUGGUGACAUUUGCUCUCUCUUGUGGAAGUUGGUCUUCUCCUGCUGUGAGAGUGUACACAGCAGCACAAGUCGAGAAUGAGCUCGAGGCGGCGAAGAAAGAGUACUUGCAGGCAGCAAUUGGGAUUUCAGCUAACAAGUUUGCUAUCCCGAAGCUGUUGGAUUGGUAUUUGCUGGACUUUGCAAAAGACUUCGACUCAUUGCUGGACUGGAUUUGCCUGCAGCUACCAAGUGAACUUGGGAAAGAAGCAAUGAAGUCCCUUGACAGAGGUACUAAAACUCAGCCAAGUACACAAAUCAUCCAGGUCAUGCCAUAUGAGUUCAGUUUUAGGUACCUUCUGUACAUACAAUAGUUAAUCCUCUUCAGUGCAGUUCCGUAGAAGCCUUGAACUCUCAGUUUUGUACACAUCAAUAGGGUAAAAAUAGAUGUAGAAUUUCAGUUUGUAUAAUUUGUCAUCUCUGUAUGUAUUGAGUCAUAAAAAAGAAGGAAAAGCAGUGAAUGAAAAGUUCAAUAUUUU